UGACUGUAAUCCCUGUUGUUGGAAUGGGGGGCGUGGGCAAGACAACACUUGCUAAAGCUGUUUACAAUGAUGAGAAGGUGAACGACCAUUUUGAUUUGAAAGCUUGGUUUUGUGUGUCUGAACAAUAUGAUGCUUUCAGGAUAGCAAAAGGAUUGCUUCAAGAGAUUGUAAGACAGGUUGAUGAUAAUAUAAAUCAGAUUCAGAUCAAAUUGAAGGAGAGCUUAAAAGGCAAAAAGUUUCUUAUUGUUCUAGAUGAUGUUUGGAAUGACAACUAUAAUGAGUGGGAUGACUUGAGAAAUCUUUUUGUGCAAGGAGAUCUCGGAAGUAAGAUCAUUGUGACAACACGUAAGGAGAGUGUUGCCUUGAUGAUGGGUGGUGGGGCAAUGAAUGUGGGAAUUCUGUCUAAUGAAGUCUCUUGGGCUUUAUUCAAACGACAUUCAUUAGAAAACAGGGAUCCUGAGGAACAUCUAGAACUUGAAGAGAUUGGAAAGAAAAUUGCAGAGAAAUGCAAAGGAUUGCCUUUAGCUAUAAAGACCCUUGCUGGGAUGUUACGCUCAAAAUCAACGAUUGAAGAGUGGAAACGCAUUUUGAGAAGUGAAAUAUGGGAGCUUCCAGACAAUGGAAUCUUACCAGCAUUGAUGUUGAGCUACAAUGAGCUUCCCCCACAUUUGAAGCGAUGCUUUUCCUAUUGCGCAAUAUUUCCAAAAGAUUAUCAAUUUUACAGAGAACAAAUCAUUCAACUGUGGAUCGCUAAUGGUCUAGUACAGAAGUUGCAAAAAGAUGAAACGGUUGAAGAACUAGGCAACCAGUACAUUCUCGAGUUGAGAUCAAGAUCAUUGUUAGACAGGGUCCCUGAUUCUUUUGCAUGGAAGAGAGGGGUAAGGCAGGACUUGGACAUAUAUUCUGAAAUGGAUGGUGAGAAAUUCGUUAUGCAUGACCUUGUCAACGAUCUUGCCCAAAUUGCAUCUUCAAAACAUUGUACCAGGUUAGAAGACAUCGAAGGAUCUCAUAUGUUGGAACGAACUCGACACUUGUCGUAUUCCACGGGUGAUGGUAACUUUUCGCCAUUUACAAUAGGAGAUGGUGAUUUUGGUAAAUUGAAAACCCUCUACAAAUUGGAGCAGUUAAGGACAUUGCUUCCGAUAAAUUUCCGGCUCCAUUCGUUUUCAGUUAAUCUAAGCAAGAGGGUGCUGCAUAACAUACUUCCAAGACUAACAUUCUUAAGGGCAUUGUCAUUUUCUCGUUAUGACAUCAAGGAGGUACCAAAUGACUUAUUUAUCAAAUUAAAACUCCUAAGAUUUUUGGACCUUUCUUGGACAGAGAUAAAACAGUUACCAGAUUUAAUUUGUGUGUUGUACAACUUAGAGACACUUAUCGUGUCGUCUUGUGAUUAUCUUGAGGAGUUACCGCUGCAGAUGGGAAAUUUGAUCAACUUGCGUUACCUUGACAUUAGGCGCUGUUCUCAGUUGAAAUUGCCGCUACAUCCUAGUAAGUUGAAAAGCCUUCAGGUGCUAUUAGGAGUUAAAUGUCUUCAAAGUGGUUUGAAACUCAAAGAUUUGGGUGAACUACACAACUUGUAUGGAUCUCUAUCAAUUGUAGAGUUGCAAAAUGUGGUUGAUAGAAGGGAAGCUUUGAAGUCAAACAUGAGGGAAAAGGAACAUAUUGAGAGGUUAUCAUUGUCGUGGGGUAAAAGUAUUGCUGACAAUUCACAAACUGAAAGAGACAUAUUCGAUGAACUACAACCAAACACAAACAUAAAAGAACUGGAAAUCUCUGGAUAUAGAGGGACAAAAUUUCCAAACUGGCUGGCUGAUCUUUCCUUUCUUAAGCUAGUGAUGUUGUCUCUUAGCCACUGCAACAACUGUGAUUCCUUGCCAGCACUAGGACAACUUCCUUCUUUGAAAUCCCUCACCAUUGAGUAUAUGGAUCGAAUAACAGAGGUGACCGAAGAAUUCUAUGGUAGCCCAUCUUCAAUAAAGCCAUUUAACUCUCUGGAAUGGCUUGAAUUUAAUUGGAUGAACGGGUGGAAGCAAUGGCACGUACUAGGAAGUGGAGAGUUCCCUGCACUUCAGAUCCUUUCAAUUAACAACUGUCCCAAGUUGAUGGGGAAAUUGCCUGGAAAUCUUUGUUCUUUGACAGGAUUGACAAUUUCAAAUUGUCCGGAAUUUAUUUUGGAGACACCUAUCCAACUUUCAAGUCUAAAAUGGUUUAAAGUUUUCGGUUCUUUAAAGGUUGGGGUUCUUUUUGAUCACGCUGAGCUAUUUGCAUCCCAACUUCAAGGAAUGACGCAGCUAGAGUCAUUAAUUAUCAGAAGUUGUCACUCUCUUACCUCCUUUCAUAUUAGCAGUCUGCCGAAAACCUUGAAGAAAAUAGAGAUAUCUGAUUGUGAUCAAUUGAAAUUGGAGCCGUCAGCUAGUGAGAUGUUUCUCAAGAGUCUGGUACUAACUGAAUGUAAUUCUAUGAAUGAGAUAUCACCUGAGCUGGUCCCAAGAGCACACUAUUUGAGUGUAAAUAGGUGCCACAGCCUUACUAGGCUUUUGAUUCCUACUGGGACUGAAGAUCUCCAUAUUUCUGGAUGUGAAAAUCUUGAAAUGCUUUUGGUGGCAUCCAGGACUCCAACGUUGCGAAAUUUGCAUAUUCACAGCUGCAAGAAGCUGAAGUCGCUGCCAAAACAUAUGCAGGAACUUCUUCCAUCUCUUAAUUAUCUCAACCUGUAUGAUUGUCCAGAAAUAAAGUCCUUCCCUGAAGGAGGCUUGCCUUUCAGUCUAGAAGUCCUUCAGAUCUGGAAUUGUGAGAAACUGGAGAAUGAUCGAAAGGAGUGGCAUUUACAGAGACUCCCUUGCCUCAGAGAACUUAAAAUCUUCCAUCAUUCUACUGACGAAGAGAUUGAUUGGGAGUUGCCUUGCUCAAUUAAAUCACUUGUCAUAUACAAUAUGAAAACAUUAAGCAGCCAACUUCUCAAAAGCCUCACCUCUCUUGAAUCUCUAUCCACUGAUAAUUUACCUCAAAUCCAGUCACUGAUCGAAGAAGGGCUUCCCUUGUCUCUUUCUUCACUAACAUUACAAUACCAUCAUGAGCUCCAUUCACUGUCAACUGAAGGUCUUCGGGGCCUCACUUCUCUUAGGCAUCUACAGAUUAGAUCCUGCAGUCAACUCCAAUCUCUUCCGGAAUCAGCGCUUCCCUCCUCCCUCUCUGAGCUGACCAUCACAAAUUGUCCUGAACUUCAACAUCUUCCAGUAAAAGGGAUGCCCUCUACCCUCUCUAAACUAUCGAUUUCACACUGCCCAUUGCUCAAUCCACGUUUAGAAUUUAUGAAGGGGGAAUACUGGCCAAAUAUUGCUCAUAUUUCCACUAUAGAGAUCAAUGGGGAAUACCUGUGAUGAUCAAAACAAAUGGUACUCUGACAGAUUCUGGGAAAAUUUUUGCCAUCAUGAAAAGUUGUUCGGCAUUGUUCCCCAUUUCUUGUGUCUUCCACAGGGAUAAGGGGUCCAGGUUUUCUUCCAACAUAUCACAAUAAGUUGUGGACGGAGGAAGUGGUUUAGAGUAAUGCACAUGCUAACUUUUGAAUAGGCAAAUAUUUAGCUCAACUGUGAUCGGUCAACAGAAUGUAGGUGCAGAAAGCAGCUCAACAAAGUACAAGGUUCGAUUGAUCAGUUUCUCUGCCAAGAUACGAUGUCAUUUCCUCAUCGAGACAGCUGAAGUUUGCCACCAGAACCAAUGCUAGAAUUCCUUCCAUCUACCGAAAGAAUGGUAAACAUUUGGAUCGUGAGAGUUCCUUCUAGUUGUAUGUCUAAGAUGUGCUCCUCAAACUCAAAAGAAUGACUGCUUAAAACGGUUGGCUUGAAAUGCUGAACCUGCAUUUAGACCAGCAGUGCUACAAGGUCAAGUUGGUAUGUCCAGAUGGUGUCGUCCACGUGUUUGGUAAUACUUCCAUCCUCAACAUUGCUCUGUUGUGUGAGAGUUUGUAGCAUCAGAUGGAAUUUUAUUUUGUAUGUUGUAUAUGAUCUUAGUUGAGUUGAAGCAGCAAAUAUUGCUAUGUUGUCCUUGAGAAUGUUCAGGAUUGAGAUUACAAGUGAAGUUAGUUUAGUAUAAUUACGAAAGACAAAGUUGGACCACUUUAUAGUGACGGACAUCUUUUUGGCUGCUAUAAUGAAUGAUUGCUAUUGUUACACACCUUAAUAAUAUUUGACGUUUAGAUCUUA